CAGGGAGCGUAGAGACUAUACAUUCCAGUUUCCACUUCGGAGCUGGACAAGUCCGUCAAUCUCGAACAGGGAAGGACAUUAUCGUAAUUGCGCAUCCAGCAUAUAUAGAAAGCUCUUCUGGAACAAGCCCACAAGACCACAAGUUCUUCUGGACUCUUCGCUUUCCCUCAAAAACCCCUUUCAGCUCUCGUCUGCUCAAAACCAUACUCUCGAAACAGUUUCGCCUCGAUACGACACCGUAUACUGGUUUUAUUUUUAGGCAAUGUCAGGCAACGGCGGCGUCUCGAUCGGUCGGACUCGGGGUGAGAACCGGUUCUACAACCCGCCAGCGAUACGACAACGACAGCAGCAGCAGCGACAAAAGCUAGAGCAAGAGAAGCAUCAAAGGCAGUCUGUGGAGUCCGACGACUGUGCGACGUCGCACAGUUCCGGGUCGGGUCGGGCAGUGCUCACGGAUGCCACGAAUUUGGAUCGGUUCUUGGAGUACACCACGCCCGUGGUUCAGGCUCAGUAUAUCCCCAAGACAAGCGUGAGGAGAUGGAGAACUCAUGAGCCAGAUUUACAUCCCUACUUUGUUCUUGGAGAUUUAUGGGAGUCUUUCAAGGAGUGGAGUGCGUACGGUGCAGGUGUCCCGCUUUUGUUAAAUGGGAGUGACUCUGUUAUCCAGUACUAUGUUCCUUAUUUGUCUGCUAUUCAGCUCUAUGUAGACCCAUCAAAGCCCUCCACAAGAAUAAGGAGGCCUGGUGAUGAGAGUGAUGCAGAGUCAUCUAGGGAGACAAGUAGCGAUGGAAGCAGUGAUUAUGGAACAGAAAGAGGAUUAAAUGGUGCUCCUUAUAGUGCUUUAAGUUGGCAGAAUGUUGCAGAUGUAAAUGGCCAUGGUUGGAAUAGAGCCUUACCAAGGAAUAAACCCUUCAAUGGUUCCUCGAGUGACGAAAGUGGUGAGGUUUGCAACCCUCCUGGUCAGCUUAUAUUUCAAUAUAUGGAGCAUGAUCAACCAUUUGGUCGUGAACCUUUGGCUGAUAAGAUUUCAGUUCUUGCAUCUCAAUUUCCAGAGCUGAGAACAUACAGGAGCUGUGAUUUAUCACCUUCUAGUUGGGUUUCUGUAGCAUGGUAUCCGAUAUAUAGGAUACCUACAGGUCCAACACUACAGAGCCUGGAUGCCUGCUUCUUAACCUUUCAUUCCCUGUCGACUCCCAUAAAGGGUACAAGCACUGAUAGGCUUCGGUUUAGUGGUGCACAAGCUAGAGAGGUACAAAAUGCAACCUUCAAGCACUCGUUGCCAAUCUUUGGGCUUGCUUCCUACAAGUUCAAGGUCUCCUUUUGGAAUCUUAAUGGAGUUCACGAGUGUCAAAAGGCUAAUUCUCUAUUGAGAGCAGCUGACAACUGGCUCAGGCUACUGCAAGUUAAUCAUCCGGAUUUCAAUUUCUUUGUGUCACACAGCACAACCAGGAGGUGAGGAUGAGAGUUAUCUCUAGUCAGCGUGCAGUUAUCUCUAGUCAGCUUGCAGUUAUCAUCCCAAUACAGAUGGGAUAUAACCUACUGAUGAGGAUAAACCCUUUUCACUGGCCGGUUUUUCAUGUUAUUGGUUGGAUAACACUGUUGGCACUCACUCCUGUCGUUAUAUUACGUAGAUUUGGCCCAUUGAAAUCUUAUAUCACAUCAAAGCAGGAUUAUGAAAGUGUGUGAUUGUGCUUUGUGAGGGCUUUGCUUGAUAGGCCGAAAGAAGAAUAGUGAUGAAACUAUCAUUAAUAAAGGCCUUUUAAUUUGGGAGUGUGCUUCAGAAUGGGCGUCAUGCAUUGCAUCAGGCAUUAUGAUGACAGCUCUUCCUAGUCUAUUUGCUAUUUCGAAGUUUAGGGUGAUGAGAUCUCUCAGGAACAUGUUUGUAGCUAUUGACUCUUUUUUUUUAAUUACUAUCUAGAUGAUGAUGAUAAUGAAAAAGAAAUAAAAAAAUUACUGAUGUUUGUAUAUAUAUGUAUAGGUGCCUUUUGUUUAGUAUGUUUAAUCUUAGCAUGUGUAAGAAUUGACAGUUCAGUUCAACACGAACAUGUUGUGUUAUGUAGGA